AUGCACAUCACACAAGUGCACCGUUUACUGACCAGGACUGGACAGGGCAGCAGCGGCAAUCGCAUCUUGCACCACAGUUUAAGUGCAGAAAGACUUACUUUUCUUCUUGUGCUUCGUGGAUGUGGAUGGCUCCAACUCCUGAUCUCCAUCCCCAUCCGUCUCCUCCUCAUCCGACUGUUGCAAGCUGUCUCUUCCAGUCAGAUCCCAUCGCUUGAUGAAGGGAUCAUCAUAUCUAUGAUGAUGAAGCUUUUCAAUGAGCAAAAUCCCCGUGCCAUGCAGAAUGAUCAUGUGGUGAUAUAUAAAAUGGUCAGAUUGCUGCAUUGGAGUGCAUUGGGAAUAACACCUGGGUGA